UAUACAGACAGACUGAACAGCUGUGUUGCAGUGUUGGUGAAUGCCAGAUGGAAACAUGCGUGCAUGCAUCGAUAAAUCGAUUAGUUCGCUGCCAAAAAAUUAAUAAAAACACAAAAAUGAAACCGAGAUCACAAAAAGGUCAAGGAAAACCCAAUGGAAAACCAAACAAAGGUCCUGGCAAGGUGGCCCAUAAUCAAAAGCCCUACUUCAAGAACAAGAACAAACAAAAGGCAAAAGGGGAUAAGCCAAAUAAACCGGAGAUUCGCAAUCUAAAGCGCAAGGAAAAGGCUGCCCAGGAGGCUGCGCAGCGGGAGAAAGUCAGGGCGGAGCGGGAUGCCCAGGUGAAGGCCUAUAAAAAGAAGCGUUUGGAGAAAACCAAGGCCAUCAACAAAAGGACCCAUAAAGGACAGCCCUUGAUGAAGGAUCGCAUGCAGCUGCUUCUGAAACAGAUCGAGGAUAUGAAGCGCAACUAAGUGAGUCGCGGGAACACUUCCUCAGAAUCACUGAUUACGUAGGAACACCAUCAGCCUCAGAAUCAGUUGCUCAUUUAAAAAUGUCGUGUACAUAGAAUUGUUUACGUUUAGAGUAGGCUUACUUUAAUUUUAAUUAAAACAAAUUGUUUUCCACAA